UCUGUGUUUUACUUAUGUUUUUUCGACCGGGGCGAGGAAGAGAGUAGAAACUACUGUGAAGUUAACACAGUGCAACGCAGUCUUCAAACUCUCCAUCAACGAGAAUAGAACGUUGGAUUGGCAAGUCUCACAAACCCUUUUGAGUCAUUCAUGUCUUUCUCUCCCCAAGAAGCAAUUCCAAAGCUCUCUUUCUUGUCAAAAGCUUCGGAAAAUGGUGGAAUCUUUUGCAAUUCUUCUGGUUGCUGCUCUUUUGUGUUGUGCAAGUCAAGUGCAAUCAGCUGUGUCAGAUCAUCGCUAUAAAGCUGGAGAUCCAGUCCCUCUCUAUGCCAACAAGGUUGGCCCAUUUCAUAAUCCUAGUGAAACAUAUGCUUAUUCCGAUCUUCCCUUCUGUUCGCCAGAUCAUGUGAAACAGAAGAAAGAAGCUUUAGGUGAAGUGUUGAAUGGAGAUCGUCUUGUUUCUUCUCCAUACAAACUUGACUUCCGAGUAGAGAAGGAUUCUGAAGUUGUAUGUAGAAAGAAGCUGACAAAGGAAGAAGUUUCUCAGUUCCGAACUGCAGUUGCAAAGGAGUACUACUUUCAGAUGUACUAUGAUGACUUGCCAAUUUGGGGUUUCAUUGGAAGAGUUGACCGGCAUGGUGUAGCCGAACCAAAUAAUUACAGAUAUCUUCUUUACAAGCAUGUUGUUUUUGAGAUACUUUACAAUAAGGACCAUGUGAUUGAAAUCAGUGUUCGAACAGAACCACAGCUUAUGGUGGACCUGACAGAGGACAAGGAAGUUGAUGUCGAAUUCAUGUAUACUGUGAAAUGGAGGGAAACAAACAGUCCAUUUGAGAAGAGAAUGGAGAAGUACUUACGGUAUUCUUCGUUGCCACAUCACUUAAAGACCCAUUGGUUUUUGGUUAUGAACUCUUGUGCGACGGUUCUCAUCCUAAUUGGUUGUCUGGUGACAUUUUAUGUGCGAGUCCUGAGGAAGGAUAUUAUUAAGUAUGUGCAUGAUCAGGAAUUGGCUGAUAGCCAAGAAGAGACAGGAUGGAAAUACAUCCAUGGUGAUGUGUUUCGGUACCCAAAACACAAGUCCUUGUUAGCUGCAGCCCUUGGUUCUGGCACCCAGUUGUUGAUUCUUACACUGUCCAUUUUGAUACUGGGGCUAGUUGGAGUAUUUUAUCCAUACAACCGAGGGGCUUUGUGCACUGCACUGUUUGUCAUAUUUGCAAUUACAUCUGGAAUUGCUGGAUAUACAGCAGUUUCUUUCUAUUGUAAGCUUGAAGGAACCAACUGGAUGAGGAAUCUUUUGCUAACGGGAUGCCUUUUUUGUGGGCCUCUGUUCCUUACAUUCUGCUUCCUUCAUACUGUUGCCACCGUAUACAGAGCAACUACAGCACUACCAAUGGGUACAAUUGUGGUAUUAUUCCUUAUAUGGGCCUUUCUAGCAUCACCAUUGCUUUUGUUGGGUGGGAUUGCUGGGAAAAAUAGAAAGUCUGUAUUCCAAGCUCCCUGCCGCACUACUAAGUGUCCCAGAGAGAUUCCACCACCUUGUUGGUACAGGGGUAUCCUUCCUCAGAUGACCAUGGCGGGAAUACUGCCUUUUGGUGUCGUCUACAUUGAGCUUUACUAUGUAUUUGCCAGCAUAUGGAGUCACAGGAUUUUCACCAUAUAUGUCAUUCUGUUGAUUGUCUUUAUUGUUCUUCUGAUCGUAACUGCUUUUGUGACCAUCUCUCUGACGUACUUUCAGCUUGCUGCCGAAGAUCAUGAAUGGUGGUGGAGAUCUUUUCUUUGUGGUGGAUCAACUGGCUUGUUUAUCUAUGCCUACUCGUUCUACUAUUUCUAUGCCGUAUCACAUAUGUAUGGUUUCUUGCAAAUCUCCUUCUUCUUUGGUUACAUGGCUUGCAUCUGCUAUGGCAUCUUUCUCAUGCUUGGGACUGUGGGUUUCCAUGCUGCUUUGCUCUUUGUUCGUCAGAUCUAUGGGUCUAUUAAGUGUGACUAGUCGACUAGUUCUUUUUCUGAAUAUUCUUCCCUUAUUUUUGUUCGUGACAUCUAUGGGUCUACCAAUUUUAUUGUUAGGAUAGUUUUAUGAGUACUCCAAACUACAAAAGCCAAAGAAUCAAAGUUCUAAACAUGCCUUCUGGAAAUUGGGUCUUUCAAGAUUUUUUAUGCUGCUUGUACUACAAGGUUUAUUUAAUUUAUUUUGGGUGCUAUCUGUAAUCUGAGAGAAUUUUUAUGGGGGAGGAAAGCUUGUACAGUUAAACAUAUCUUCACUCUCAUAAUGAACUCUUGUGAAUUAUAGUUGGCAAAUUUUGUCACUAGUCUUAAUGCAGUAAGUCCUCCCUUUUUCCAGAAAAAGAAGAACAAUUUUCUAACUUCUUCCGUGCAUUAUUUUAGAGGGCCGAGCAAACAUGAUAUGCUCACACAUUUCUACAAACACAUAAAUGCUGGAGGAAAAAAAGCUUUCACUUUCCUACAUGAUCUGCACAUCUGUUUGGGUUUUUAAUCUUCUAUUUAACCUUUCUUAUUGUCAAA